AUGGCAAUGUCUACCAAAAGAAGGCUAUCAGAAGGCACAUCAUUACCAGCUUACGAAGACACCAAGCCGCCAGCCCGAGCAGGAGACAGAGAAGAACAUGAUGAGCCAGAAAGCCUUGAAGGAUUGUCGAAGAAGGCCAAGCGGGAGCACAAUACGUACACGGGCGAGAAAGACGACGAACAGAAGGAGCGCAUCGAUGACUGCACGCCCCCCCCGCUCAAUGAGACCUUGAGAACUGCGGACGAUACAACUAUCGACGGAAACCUUGAUACCAUGGAUGGGGUUGAGCGUGAGCAGACUCCGACCGGUCCAGACCCCUCACAGGCCACUCACGAACCAAGCGAAGCCGAAGUCAUAGUAUCAAAACACUGGCAAUACGCUCGCAUGCACUCCACGAAGCGAACCACUGUCGGUAAAAGGCCUUUACUCAAGUUUACCAGUCAACCAACUGACUUGGAGGUGCUUUGCCUUGUAUUCGAUAAAUCAGUAAAAUGUCCCAAUGUCCUCCCAGCAGCGUGCCGGGACGAAACGAAAGACUCUCACGCGAUCGUGGCGCUGUGGCUAGAGACCGUGAACUUUGUCUUUGUUGGGGACGUUUACAAGUUCAGGGCUGAGCAAGAGCGAACAGCCUUUCAUGACAUGCUCGUGCAUCAAUGUUGGCCUCAGCAUCAUGAUUGGGGUUCAGAUCACGUGCUCAAGGUCACUAUCCCUGGCUUCUCCAGGGCCGUUCCCGGAGCCUGGGUGUGGCUCUUUGAGGCGUGCCAAAACAUGCAAGAGAUAGCGAUCGGCAUCCGAGCCGAAGAGAUGAUACCCGACAAAGAGGGAGCUGACGGGGUCGAGGAGUUCAUUGAGAAGUGGAACCUGGAUCUUCUCUCAGGGACUUGUCUAAAGAAGCUGACGGUUGCGCUUGAUCCAACAGGCAAAAAGGGACUGAUGACGUCGGUUACGCAAGUUUGGCUCCAACGUUUUGCUCAGCAUAUGAAAGGCUUGAGAGCGGGUAAGCUACAAGUGUUUCUUGACACGACCCAAUUCUGGGAUCGCGACAUCCCCGCCGACGUCCGAGAGAUGUAG